AGAGCCAGGACGAUUGUGGAGAUUGAAAAACUUCUCCCCAAGUUUCUGAGGAGAAAAUUUGAACUUGGGGAAUGGUGCAAAGUGGCUGACAACGACACGCGGUUGUGUUUAAGAAUCAAUGAAGUCAAAUGGACGGAGUGGAAAACCCACGUGGCCUUUAUCAAUGAGGAUCCAGGAACAACAGAGUGCGGCAGAAUGCAAGACACCUCAAGGAGUAACAGCAAAACCACUCUGAACGCCUACGAAGAAAUUUACGACUUGCCAGAAACGACAGUUUAAACCGUGCAUCGCCGUGGGGCCAUUUUAGACCGCGACGGCUUCAGAGAAGUCACACGAAGGCAGGAGGCACCCCAAUCUCGUCCGUUCCCGAGCUCGGCCAGACUAGCACGGGUAACACCCCUCCAUUGCAAGAGGGUUGACUAAGAGUUGUAAGCAGGGGGGACUAAGGGUCCCAGCCUAGAUUUUUCUCAACUUCGUGGGAAGUCAAAGACUUCUUUUGUUGGUGACCUGAAGGAAAUACAUUUCAGAUUUCAAGAGAAACCACAAUACAAAAUCUGCAGCACUGACCACGUGGAGCGUGAUUUUUCCUGGUGGAUUGGGACCUGCUCUACUGUUUGCUCUGGCAGGCUAGAGACUAAGCGAAGGGGGUCAGGAUGAAUCCCCCCUCUCUGUCUCCUGGGUCAAUGGGAGCGUGGUCUGCCUGAAGGUGACCUCAAGCCAAUUUGGGCUAAUCUUGGAAACGAACCAAGAUUGAUCCUGGUUUGUCCUCAGAUGCGAAAGAAGAAGCCCUUUAGGAGAAACAUCUGGAGGGUGGAGAGGGCAGAGGUUCGCUGCACCAUUAUUGCUAAGGACACUUCCUGGAUAAGUGUGUUCCAGGAAUUUGCAUUUAACUUGAAAGAAACAUCACGGUUUAAAUGGUAGAUUUGAGGAGGUGGUAUCUAGUUGGGGGCAUUUUUGUACACGUGUGUG